AUGUCGCAUUACUGCCGGCCCAAGUACCAGAGCGGAGACCUGGUGUUCGCCAAGUUAAAGGGCUAUGCCCACUGGCCGGCCAGGAUUGAGCACAUGGCCCAACCCAACAGAUACCAAGUGUUCUUCUUUGGGACCCACGAGACUGCUCUCCUGGGUCCCAAACAUCUCUUCCCGUACAAGGAGUCCAAGGAGAAGUUCAGUAAGCCCAACAAGAGGAGGGGCUUCAGCGAGGGGCUGUGGGAGAUUGAGAACAACCCCACGAUCCAGGCCUGCGACUACGGAGUCGCUCGAGAGAAGAGCCGCGCCGAGGGUCCAGCGCUGGGGCCGCAGCCCGAGGCCCCUGAGAGCACCGAGGCCCAGAAGAGCGGCACCCAGGGCGGAGGAGAGCAGGAGGAGCCGGGCGUCGACGAGUCGGCCCAGGAGCAGGACGAGAAGGGACCACUGAAGAGGAGCGCGGAGGACCUGCUGGAGGAUGACCCCAAACGCCCCAAGGAGGCCGAGCCGGAAGGCGAGGAGGAGGUGGCAGCUGCCAGCGAGGCUGAGAGGCCGGUCCUGGUGGAGGCGUCGGAGCCGGGCCCUGCCUGGGAGCUGCCCCAGGAGGAGCUGGAGCCGCAGAAAGAGGCUGCCAAGGAGGAGGAGGAGGCCGAGGCUCUGGGCGCCGGAGACCACGAGAGCCUGUAA